AUGUCCAACAACCCCACCGGAACACCUCUAACCCUCCCAAACGCAACACAACACAAUUUCACGAACCCUCAAACUGGCCUUAAUUACCGCAUCCAAAUCUCUUGGCCUUUGAACUGGGACCGCACGAAACAACUCUGCAACUCCAAGAUCCCAGUCAUCUAUAUCCUAGACGGCAAUACUCUGUUUCUUACAGCAACAGAAAUUCUCUGGCGAAGCUCAAGCAACACUUUUUACCAAGGCGGCGGCAUCGUAGUAGGGAUCGGAUAUCAAGAUAUCCCUACUGAGACUGGGAGUUUGUAUAGUAGCCAGAGAAACACAGAUUUGACGAUCAGCGAGCAUGAGGUACAUGCUGGAUUAGGUGGUGCCGAUGCUUUCCUCGAAUUCAUUGGCGAGGAAGUGAGGCCGUUGGUGAGGAAGCAAUUCACGGAUGUCAGUAUUGAUAAGGAGGCUAUUUUCGGACACUCCUUCGGUGGAUUGUGUGUCUUGCAUGCGCUGUUCAGCAGACAGGGAGGUAUUUUCGACGCUUAUUUUGCAGCCAGUCCUUCCAUAUGGUGGGAUUUGAAAAUUGUCAGAGAGGCGGAGGACUUCUGCAGCCGCAAAGAGGAAGGACCGGCAGAGCGUUUGUUGCAGCUGUCGUAUGGGUCCCUGGAAGACAAGCCGUCACAGCAUCACUCGGAGUCGGAAAGCGAGUUCGAGGAGAGGGUGAAGCAAAGCACGGGACGCAAGAUGGGAGAGAAUGCUGUUGUAAUGGAGAAGAUGUUGCAGCAAAGCAGGAAGCUGAAAAAUCUAUCCAUUGUCGAAUUCGAAGGUGAGGAUCACCUCACUGUCGCAACUUCCGCGUUACUCAGGGCCAUGAGUACGUUUCUGGACCACUGA